GUGCCUGAUUUCAUAGAAAUCUGUUCAGCCGUUUUUGUGUGAAGGAAGAAUAAUAUCAGGGUGGAUCUACUUUUUCUAGUCACGCCUUUCCAUGGUCUCCUGGGUAUCUCAUUAAAUUGGCAUUUAAUCAAGAUGCACUUUUUAUAUCGAACCGCAAUGAAUAUAAUUUUUUUGGUAUUGCCAAUACCAAACAUACAUUUUUGUGGUAGUUAACAACCAUACAUUUUAGUGUAAAGGGCUUAUUACAAAAUAGGUCAUCUACCAAGCACGAUAACAUAUCGCGGUACAACAGUUCUUCUAAAGAAACUGUUUUAAUAGUGUCGCCUGGCUGACGGGACAGAAUAACAAAAAGAAAUAAUUGAUUCACCCAUCAAAAUAUCAAAAUUUACAGACUUUUUCAAAUUAUCAAAUUCCGAUCAGUCCGUUGAUGCGUCCCGUUCAAACGCCACUAAAAUUUCAUUUCAUACCUGUUGUAUGUGUAUUCCAAGAAAUGUAUUUUUUCUUAAUAGCCAUUUUUUAUUGCAAAACUUAUAUUUAUAUUUCAGGGUAUCUAUUAGGCUGCUUUGUCUCUAUUGGACUCUUACAAAUGCGAGCUCAGAAGAAAACCUAAAGGAGGUAGAAUUUAGAGCCAAAAGGCAAAUCAACGCGUUGCCUUUGGUCUACCCGUAUGGAGCAACUUAUAAGCUCAUCACCGGCUUCACAGCACCAAUAAAGAACGACGACAAGGUCCCGCUGAUCUUCCUCUUCAACUUCCAGUAUCAAUACGUCCAGUUCACGAACAUCACGCAGCUGUCGCAGUACUACGUCAUCAACACGGUGUCCAGGGAGCAGAGAGACGCCGAUGUGGCGGGCAGGAAGGAUGAGAGACUUGUGUUUUAUAGAUCUGUUGCUGAGAUGAUGGACUCGAGAGGUCUGAACGGCCGAGAAUGCGUGCUGCGUGCGAUUUGCGAAGCGGCGCAGUUCCCCGUAGAAGAAGAGGGCUUUGUCGGGGAGAUCAUACAUGUAUUACUAACACCAGACUACGGAAAAUCUCCUUUCGGAGAGCUGGAUGAGGACCUGAAGGAGGCCAUGGCGCCGUACGUGGACGCUGCAGUGGCCGGACGGCAGAUGUUCAGUUGUUCCUAUAUCUAUGGCGGCUGUCCUGAGGGUCAGGGGAUCUUGGAGUUUAUCUCACAGUUAAGGGACGAGUAGAUUCAUAGAGUUGAACUUGAAUGAAGGUUUUUCUUGGAGCCGGGAGUCUAACAGGAGUACGGAUCGAGGAUCAUGUGAGAGAAGAAAUUGAAUAAACAACCGGACCAAAUAUUAUCACGCCGAUGACAAUAGGAGCUGUCAUCAAAUUUAAAAUGUUAUGGUUUUUGAUUUUAAUAUUUAUGAUACGACCGCUUGCGCUCGAGAUGAACUGCGACUCGCCUCAAGUUUGUAUUGUAAGAAAAAAAUAUGUAAGUAAUAAUAUUUUGCAC